GUGAUUCUCGGCUGCCUCUGCCUUAGCGUGCCAAGGCCGGAGUCGUCAUCAGCCUCAACGUCCAAAGUGCGAAAGGAACAGCUAUUCUAGAGCUUCAGCCUGCUUCCCGACCCCGGAAUACCUACGGAAACCUCUUGACGACGAAGACGAAGACGAAGACAAAGACGGAGGCGGCAACUUCACACUAGCAACUCACACCCCGCGGCAAACCCCCUUCCUCGCUAGCUAGCCGGAGAAGGAAUCAACCACACCAAAGCAAAGCUCGAGCUCCUGCCAAGCGCGCAUCGAGAUAGAGUUGUUUUCGUACGUCGCGCCUUGUCGUCGACGAAAUACUCCCCCGCUGCAUCGCAUCUCGGAUAGGCAUUCCACACGCGCACACGCACACACGCAAUGGAGGAGGACCGCCUCUGGAAGUUCAGCAGGCCCGAAUGGCUUAACAGCGCCUGGGUGCGCAAUGGCGGCGUCUACAGUGCCGGUGCCCUGUUCUCCCUCGCCUUCUACGUCCUCCUCGACUCGGCCGUCUGGUCCAAGUCCGGCAACAACGGCUCCGACGUGCACGUCACCUUCGUGGACUGGCUGCCUCUCAUCUUCUCCGCCCUGGGCAUGCUGAUCAUCAACUCGGUGGAGAAGUCGCGGCUGUCGAGCGACUCCUUCUCCUACUCCGGGUCCGGCGUCGCCUGGAAGGCCCGCGUCGUCCUGUUCCUCGGCUUCGCCGCCCUCGCCGGCGGCAUGGCCGGCGGCGUCACCGUCUUCGUCCUCAAGUUCGUCGUCCCCGGCGUCGAGUGGCCCGCCCUCGGCAUGGGCGUCGAGAACGUUGUCGCCAACGGCCUCGUAGGGCUCAGUAGCGUCGUGCUCUGGGUCAGCCAGAACAUGGAGGACGAGUACAGCUACAACCUGGCAUUGUGAGGGGGGAGGCGUUUUUCCUUUUUCUUUCUUUGCUUUCUGCUUUUUGUUGCCGAAGACGGGGCGGAGGGAAGGGGGGAGAAGCGGAAUCGAAGAUCCCGAAACGGGGCAGGUAGAUCCGAGGAAACGAGGCACGAUAAGGGCGGUGGGUUGCGUACAGGCAUCAUGGGCCAGAGUCUGCGGACGUCGUCAGUCACACUCUUGAGCUUGUUGCGGAGCCUGCGGUGGGGCAAGGUGUACAAUACGAAGAUAAACUGACGAGCAGGGUUUGUUCUUGGUACAGCACAGAUAUCAGCAUGAGGGUCGUCACAUGCAAGCAAGCACUCGAGUUUCAAUCACAUGAAAUCAUUAUUUUAA